GCACCUAUGCAAGGCGGUACGGGCGAGAGACUCAGCGAUGCUGAGCCGAACCGCCGCCGCGCCGCCGAGCCGAGCGCCGUCCGCGGUCGCGGGACGCUGGCGUCCCCUCUGACCCGGCUGGCCGGCCGGCGCGGCAGGGCGGCUCCCUGUUUGCGUAGGACCGGCCCAGGUCCGGGCCAUUGUGUGGGGCACGCACGUGCGCGCCCAGCGUGUGUGUCUUCCGGGUGGAGCGCUGGACGCCCGGGCCAUUUUUAGCCUUUUCUGUGUGCUCUGACCGUCCUCAACGCGUCUUGUUUCACCCCCUGUCGCUGUAUAUAAACUAGUUGUAAACACCCCCGGCCCUCACUUCACCUUUCGACUUCGACGGGGACACUGCGCUGCCCCGCUCUCUUCCCGUGCAGCUGUACGGCGGGCGAGUCGCGUCUCGGAGAGUUCAACGCGUGGUGGGGGAGACUUGCGAGCACCUCUGCGUGCAGGUGUGAGUGUGAGGUGUGCGAGAGGUCAUUGCGUGACUCUGAGUCGGUGUGCGAGUCACCGGAGUCGCGGAGGACACUGGGGAGUCGCGGGAGCCCGGAGGAGUCGAGGAGUCCAGCGAAGCAAUGGUCCGGAUUGCCUACGCCAUCUAGAGGCACCAGUCAUCAUCAGCAGGGCCAUACGUGCGGCACCUCCACUGGGAAGCUUCCCAAAACCAUGCUGCGGUUUGCUGUGACCCUGCUCUGGUGCGCAUGCACACUGGGUCAGAACACGCCACCCCAGUUCGAGAAGGGUGGUGACAUGCUGGAUUUCGCCAUCAGAGAAGACGCGGAAGUCGGCUCUCAAGUUUAUCAGGUGGUAGCAUCGGAUGCUGACGGAGACCGUGUAUCAUACUCGAUCAGUGGCGACUUCUUCAGCAUUGAUCGUAUCAAUGGCCGGGUCACGCUGGUCAAACCCAUCGACCGAGAACGCAUGCGGUCGGUGGAGGUCAUCCUCACAAUCACAGACACGGGCACCGACGGCGAAGAGCCGAACCUGGUAUCGGUGAGGCGACUGGUACCCAUUGUCGAUGCCAAUGACAAUCCGCCCGUGUUCAACGGCCUCGACAACGGAGCCUACCGCUUCAGUGUCAGCGAGACGUCUGAGGUGGGCUCCACGGUAUUCUCAAAGGUCAACGUCACCGACGCAGACUUUGGGAUGAACGGCGAGGUCAAUCUGGUCUGCGAUUCCAACAAGACCCCGGAGGCGUGCGAGCGGUUCGAUGUCCGCGGAGUGGGCCUGAGAAGUGGCGUGUUCAUCGGCAUCGUCACUCUGCGCGAGCCCGUCGACUUUGAGGCCGAGAAACACUUUGACCUCAGCGUCCGCGCCACAGACAACGGGAAACCUCAACUUACAGCCACCGCGCGGAUGGUGAUUUCUGUCGAAGAUGUGCAGGAUCAGCCUCCAGAGUUCGUCAAUGGACCCUACUCGGCUACCGUGGCCGAAAAUACCCCCCCGGGCACACUGGUGCUUGAUAUCUUGGCCAGAGACGGAGACACAGGCAUUCCCCGCGAGCUCAAGCUGGCCAUUAUUGGCGACAACCUCGGCUACUUCCGGCUAGAGGACCCGGUCAGAGGACCAAAUGGUGCAUACAGUACAAAACUGAUCACAGGGAAUACCACACUGGACAGAGAAAACCCCGAUAUUCUUCGAAACGUGGGACUUUACCAGUUUCACCUCGAGGCCGAAGAAGUGGUUCCCGAGGGCGGCGUGGGAGAGAAAGUGGUCACCAACGUCACCGUGGUGGUCACAGACGAGGACGACCAGCUGCCCGUCUUCAACAAGAACCAGUUCCUCGUCUUCAUACCGGAGGAUACUGCGAACGGCACCCCUCUCCCUGGUCUGGAGAUGCUGGUCUCCGACUCGGACGAGGGCGCCGGGUCUCAGUUUGACCUGCGACUGAGGGACGUCCAGGCCAGUGAGGGCGUGUUUGACAUAUUUCCCACCUCAGCUGCCGGACGCACCCCCGUUCUGAUCAAAGUCACCGACUCGUCCAGACUAAACUACGAGCAGGAGACGGAGCGCCAGUUCGUGUUUGCCGUGGUCGCCUCCCAGGGCAAGGCCGAGGUCUCUGCCACAGUCACCGUACUCGUCACUGAUGCUAAUGACAACGCGCCAGAGUUUGACCGGGAUUCGUUCAGUUUCUCCGUGCCGGAGGACGCGGCCGCCGGUCACGUGCUCGGUGACGUCACGGCACGUGACCGGGACAGCGGUCAGCUGGGUGCGGUGCACUACCGCCUGAGGGGAUUCGGAGCAGAGAGGUUCCACGUGAACAAGGUCACCGGUCAGCUGAGCGUCGGACAGUGCACGUUCGUGCCGUGCCUCGACUAUGAGGACCAGAAGAGCUACGCGCUGACCGUGGUGGCACGUGACGGCGGCAACCGAACCUCCACGGCCUCGGUCUUUGUGGACGUGACGGAUGUGAAUGACAACCGACCCCAGUUCGCCGAGAGGGAGUACAGGAGAACGCUGGAGGACGGGAGUGAUGCCUUCUUCCCCGACUUUUACGUCAAGGCAACUGACGCUGACGAGGAUGGUCAAUCAGCCGUCACUUACGCAAUCAUCGAGGGUAACCUCAACGCUACAUUCGCCGUUGACCCGACCUCGGGUCAGGUCACUGUGGCACGCGCCGUGCGGCACAGUGACACUGCCAGUGGCCGGUUUGACCUGGUCAUUGAAGCCACGGACAGUGGUCAGCCUCCUCUCAGCAGUAACGUGCGUGUGUUUGUGGUGGUCGGUCGCGACUCCAACGAAGCUCCCAUCUUCCGCUCAUCGCCCUACUCGGCAUCCAUCAACGAGACGGCGUCGGCGGGUCAGCGCGUGCUUCGUGUCUCCGCCAAUGAUCCCGACGCCUCUGAUGCCGAGCUGGCGUAUUAUCUGCAGGAGGGAGCUGCCGAUACUUUUCAGAUUAACGGGCGAGGAGAGAUAUCCGUGAGGGAAGGAGCAGUGCUGGACCUGGAACGUGGAGGUCAGCCCGAGUACGACCUCAUCAUCCACGCCGUUGACCGAGGUCAACCGAGGAAAACGGGCACCGCACAGGUCACCAUUACAGUCGGGGAUAUCAACGACUCACCGCCGCGCUUUGAGCCCAACUCCUACGUGGAAUAUGUGCCGGAAAAUUCACAGCCGGGUCGCUCUGUGGUGACCGUCGCCGCGGCCGACCUUGACCAGACGGCCGAACUGCGCUACCAGCUGGUCCUACCGAUUAUGGCGCGGGACCGGGCCGGUGUCACCGUGCCCGCUAAUGUCACCGACUUCAGCCGGUGGCUGGCCGUGAACGCCCGGACCGGAGAGGUGACUGUGAACACCACGCUGGACCACAGUCUGGCGGCCGUCCUGGUCUGUCAGAUACGAGUCACAGACGUCAACACGGAGAUCGGGGAGCGGUCCGACACAGCCGAGUUGACGGUGUUCAUUCAGGCGUUCAGUGACAACAAGCCCGUGUUCGAGGCGCCCUGGCUGCCCAGUGACCCGGUCAUUGGUGUGUCGGUACCCGAGGAGGGUCAGUCCGGGUCAACUAUCUACACACUGCGCGCAAAGGACCCCGUGUCAGGUCAGGCUGUGACCCGGUACGAAGAGAUAGCCGGCUCGGACGUCGACGACUGGUUCUCGGUGGAUGAGAGUGUCGGCGAAGUGAUGAUCAACCGACGGCUGGACUUUGACACCAUGGAGAAUAAGACGCUUGGACUGCGUGUCCGUGCCGUUUCUGGUCAGCGCUCCUCCCAGGCGCUGGUUCUGGUCACCGUGACCGAUAUCAACGACAACCAGCCACUCUUCGGUCAGAAGACGUACGAGGUUGAGGUGUCUGAAGAGACCUACUAUCCGACGGUGAUAGCGACCAUCACGGCACGAGAUAUCGACUCGGAGAGUGGCUACGGAAAUGUUACUUUCUCACUGGCAGGCACCACGGCCGAUCAGUUCCACAUCGAGCCCGUGGCCGGCACGUUGCACGUGGCACGUGGCGUCCGGCUGGACCGCGAGUCGACGCCCGUGCACCUGCUGCGCGUGGUGACCCAGGAUAACCCCACGGGCGACGAGCCGCCAAACAAGUCCUACGCACAGCUGACAGUGACCGUGACCGACGAGAACGACAACCGUCCCCUGUUCUCCGAGGACGGCUACACGGCCGUGGUGGCAGAGAACGCCCUUCCGGGCACGGCAGUCAUCACCGUCACUGCCUCCGACCUGGACGAGGGCGACAGCGGACACGUGCGCUAUAGCAUCGUCGACGCUGGCACCGCAGAAGGUUUAUUUGACCUGGAGCCGGAGACGGGUGCGCUGAGCGUACUCGGUGACCUCUCAGGAAAAGGUCGCACCGCGCCCUACCGCCUCUCCAUACGGGCCCAGGACCAGGGCGACGACCCUCUGUUGAGUGACGUCACACUCGAGGUCUACAUCGGUGACGUCAGCAACAAUGACGGCAUACCGCGCUUUGUGAAGCCAGAGCCCGGCGAGGCGGUCGGCGUCUUAGAGAACCUCCCAUCGGGGUCGCUGGUGCUGCACGCGCGGGCCACCGACCCUGACGACCCGCUGACCCCCAGCGGCCACUUGCAGUACUCCUUCCUCGGCGGCGACACGGUCUCCAAGGACGGACUCUUCAGCAUCGACUCUCGUACGGGCACGCUCCGCACCCGCGCCAGUCUGGACCGAGAGGAGACCUCGGAGCACCACCUCCUCCUACAGGCGUCAGACCGCGGUCAGCCCCCUCAGCAGGCCGUGCGGGCCCUGACCGUCACCGUGCGGGAUGUGGAUGACAACGAGCCACGCUUUGAACGGAGCAAGAACGCACCUCCGAAGGAGCUGGUGGUAACUGAGGAACUGGAGCAGGGCAGCGUCGUCACCGACAUCACCGCCGUCGACGGAGACGACGGAAAAUUUGGAGAGAUUCACUACAUCAUCACAGCCGGCGAUCCGGAGGGUGUGUUUACGGUUAACCGUACCGAGACGAAUGUGGGUCAGCUGCUGGUCGCGUCUCGUUUGGACAGAGAGGAGAUGGACCACUACCUGCUGACGGUCCGCUGUGUCAGCGAGACGCCGCAAGGCAUGCAGCGCGCGGCGUAUGACCCCGAGGAUAUGUCGAUGGUGCAGCUGCGAAUUCAGGUUCUGGACAUUGACGACAACCCUCCGCUCUUCACCCAGGAAAAUAUCACUACCGGAGUCAAGGUCAACGCGCCUGUGCGUACUCUAGUCACCGCUCUAACCGCCGUCGACCCGGACCUCCGACCUGCACCCGUGCGUUACGUCAUCGAUGACGUCACAUUCAGUCGUCACGUGCGCGCCACGGACCGGGACGAGAUGCGUUCGGAAGUGGGCGCGUUCGUUGUGGAUGAGGCCAGUGGUCAGCUGUGGACCAAUGAGGGGAUGGCCAAGUAUAGUGGAGGGUUCUUCGAGGUGCACGCAGCGGCCAUGUCGGCGGAUGAGCCGAAUCAUCGAUCCGAGAUGACAAUUAGGGUGUUCGUCCUUCAGGACACGGAGCUGAUGAAGCUCGUCUUCAGCCGUCCUCCAGCCGAGGUGAAGCCGCAGCUGGCCUCCUUCCGGGAUGCGGUUCAGUCAGCAGUACCCGCGCCCGUCUCCCUCCACCUCUACGACACCAGCUACCACGGUACCUCGGAUGGCAGGAUUGACUUCAGUAGCACGGCAGCCUGCUUCCAGAUUGAAUCGGCCGGGGAUAUCUACACAGCAGCAGAGGCCAAGGCGUUACUGGAUGAGACGGUGAAUGCCCGGCUAGAGGCGCUCUUCAAACAAUAUCACGUGCAAGGAAUUGAGCCGUGUGUACAGCGGCCCGGCGGCUCCGGGUAUCAGUUCGCCGUGGUGGAGACACUCGUGCUGGCUAUCGGCGUGUUCAUUGUCGUGGGCACCCUGAUAGCGCUCAUCGUGCUGUCAGUACACUGGCACAGGUACAAGCGGGACCGGCGGAGGCGUCAGCGAAAACUCACUAUCCAGGAGGUCACUAUUCCGACACCAGUGGUGGCCACCCCACUGCCGCCCGGUUCACGACAGCCAUCUGUUGUCGGCGAGGGGAACUACGGCUUCUCGCCAGGCUCGAUAGAUGGUGCACACUACAGCACCGUGCCAGCAUAGAAGCCAGGAGGAAAUAGUCUGAGUAGAAGCAGACAUGCCUGAUGUAGAAAGAAAUGUCAAGGGAAAAAGUGCCUUGCGAGGCUAUGGACGCAAACAAGCGCAACGAUAAACAGUGACAGCGAUAUUUUAGUAAAAUGUGAGAAGAGAAGUCGGACGACCAUUUAACGAAGGAGGGCGGGCACUGAGGAGAGAUGCUAUGGUUAAGCUCCAGUCACCAGUGUGUCACUAGAACAUAAUGCUGACGCUGUAACUACGAGUGCGUCGAUUUGACCUUGAGACAGCGAGCAUGGUUAGACUUCUUCUGUUGAGAUGUUGACAAUAUCCACGAAUAUAGCAUAGCAGUCUUCCGUCCAACUGCAAACUUCGAUGAGAUGAACUACUAUAGGUUACAAAGUCGUGGUAGCUGGUGAUCCGCUGUAUCGCAUGCUCUACUACACGGACCGGUGCUCGUUAUUUUGUAUGUAUUAUUUUCUUCGCCAGACUGACAGUUCUUGCAGAAAAGGCGCGACUGGCGUACCAAUGCCAGUAGCAAUCGAAGUGCUCCAAUCCACCCAAUGAACGAGAUGAUAGUGCGUUGAUGCGUACUCGUAAUUAUGUUAACGGAUGGACCUUGUGUACAUAGUUUACCAUCUUCUGCCAUGCACUACUUGACUCGUGUUCGUGUCGCCAGUUAUUCAGUGCAUCAAAGCAUGUGUAAUAUGUCGUCUGACCUUUACCUGUUCCAUGUUUUCAGUGAGUCGAAACAUGUUUAUGAAUGAAUCGAGGAGUCGAUAUUUGAAGAUGACAACUGUGAACUGAUUGUCUACUUCUAUUUCGUAUUUAUGGAAUGGCUAUAUUCCGUCCAUUGCGGUGUUUUUGAGGAUAGCUGAUCAUUCAAUGUUGAACAUUUGUACGUGAAAUAUA